GACACCAUGAGAAGGCAGUAAUCUGACACACAGCGGAGCCUCCCGGAUUAAAAACGGAUUAUUAACAGGCGAUGACAGCAGGACCCGGUCCGAGCCAGGGCUCCGUCUCCACAAAGUCCAGACCCUCCGUCCUGCCCGGAUCCACCUGCCCGGCCGAACCGCGCCUCCCUCCGCGGCCCUGAAUGUCUAAACUACCAGGAAAUGCAGGUGUGUCGGUGCUCGGGGACAAGUCGCUGGAGUUCUACCGGGAUCCGGUGAGCUUCUGCCGGCAGAGGAUCGAGAAGCACCGGGGCAGAGUGUUCCUGAGCCGCCUGCUGAACCGGCCCACCGCCCUGGUCUGCUCCGUGGAGGCGAUGAGGGAGCUGCUGUGCGAGAAGUCCAACCAGUUUCUGAAGGAUCCAACUGAUUUGAUGACAAACAUGUACGGAGACACCAUUGUUACCACCAACGGUAAACAACGCUGUUUGUUGAUGCAGACUGAAACGUGUGUGUUUUGUCUCUACAGUGUGUGUGAGCGCUGUCUGAAGGACCUCUCAGUCAGCGGGCAGCCACAGUGUGGAUACUCCGUCUACAAGCGUCUGGGGACAGAGCUGGUGUUGGGCCUGUUUCUGAACGUACGAGCCGAAGAGCAGCCGGAGCUGUUCGAGGAGAUCUCACAGCUGUGCAUCACGCACUGGCAUGGUCUGAUCUCUGCUCCGAUCAGUGUGAAGGCUCCUCUGUGGUCCUCGGGGUUCUCCACCGCCCUGGACGCCAGAGACAAGCUCAUGGACAUCAUCAGAGACAAGCUGCAGAAUGACAAGCAGGGUUUUGUCGGCAGUCUCGGUUCUUUGCCGCUGCCCGACUCCGGUUCUGCUGCCCAGCACCUCCUGCUCUUCAUCUCAGCGCUCAUCCCCAAAGCUCUGGCGUCGCUGCUCACCUCCUUCACCCUGGCACUCAGCGGAAAGGAACAGGAGGAGGCCCGUCGUCGAGCCAGAGAAGACCCUGAUUUCCUGCACCGAGUGCUGCUGGAGGUGCAGAGACUUUGGCCCCCUUUCAUCGGAGGACGUAGAUUAGCCGAGCAGGACUCCACCCUCGCCGGGUUUCUGGUCCCUAAAGACUACGGCGUGGUCUACAUCAGCCACUGCGUGCACCGCGACCCUGAAGUGUUCCAGCAGCCCGACAGCUUCCUGCCGGAGAGGUGGAGCGGGAGAAAUGCAGGCCAGGAGCAUUUCCUGUGUUCCUUUGGCAACGGGCCCAGAAACUGCAUCGGACCCAAACUCACCAACGUCUUCCUGAAGGAAGCGUGCAUGUACCUGCUGAAGCACUACGACUGGUGUUUGGACCCGCUGUCGCAGGACCUCGAGUACAAAUGGCUACCUGUGUCUCGGCCCGCCAACCCCCCCACCGUCUCCUUCACCACGACCGGAUGUGACAGAAGCGACGCCAGCUAGGGAUGCGCAGUACGUUUCACGAUGCACUCAAAACGGUGACUAUUAGGCAAACAUAUGAGUCCAGAAUGGGCAGGAAAAAAGAAUUAUCUUGCAGAGGAAAGCCAGCGAGCAGUGAGGCUUCCCCCCGCUGUGCUUAAUACAGUUAUGGUCCUGGGGAACGCCGAGGAGAACGCCGGCUUCACUUCGUCUGUUCCUCUGCCAGAUAUUCUGCAGCUUUCCUUGAUGACUCUGCAAUGGAAGAUAAAUGAUUCAGUCUUCUGUGUCGCUGCUACACAGAUAUUUAUGCUCUAAAUGCUGCAUUUGAAAGAGGUUCCACAACAUGAAAGUGUUUGAGUUCAGGUCCAAUCCCCUGUCUCGUGCAUCAAACGUUGCUUCUGGGUUAUGAAGAUUUUUUUUUUCCCCCUUCGCAGCAUCAAUAUUCAAAGUGUUUCGUCCGGAGGAGCACACGUGCACGAAACAGAAGGUAAACCCUCAAAUACCAUCACUGACUGCAAACCUGUCCCCCCUCCCCCCCUCCACCACCUAGCAACCACCACUGCUUAGCAACAGUUCGUCAUACCGACACCGACUCGCUUCCUUUUAGUAUGCAAGUCUCACACACACACACACACACACACACACUAACCUGGUUAUUUUUGAAAGCGUUCUGAAUCCCGUCUAAAUGAUGCCAGAAGGCUUUAAAUCAUGACUUGCUCUGGGCCAGAAUCAGUCCUAAUGUCAUAUUUAUUAGCGUGAGGUGCCCUGUGUGAUGUCAUGUAGACGUCUCGUGUGUCUUCAGUCUUUUAUCUGUUACGUGUGGUUUUAUGUCGUCUUAUGUUUUAAUGUACGAGACACCGUCUGACUUCAUGUAAUGUUUGAUUUGAGUGCUGUGUUCCAAGAAAAAAAAAAAAGUGUUUUCCAUUGUUUUAUGUGAACAAAAUAUUAUGUAAUCUUAGCUGCUGUUACUUACGUCUUGACUUUGUUUUUAGUUUUGGUUUUGUUGAGAUGUGUGGCACCACAGGGGUUAUUAGAGGUCAUCAGGCGAUAACAGGUCAUUUUAACAUUUCUUAAGUUACUGUUCUACCAUAAUAAAAUCUACAAAACCCACAGUCAGGAUUUAAAGGCAUGUUAUCAUGAAAAACUCUGGCAAAGUUACACAAUUCAUCAGAAACUAGAAACAGAAGGAACCGUCGUGGGUUUUUCGUGUCAUCCGUUGGGAACUUGAGCUUGAAAUCAAGAUAGUUUAUUAAAAUCAGUUUAUUGUUAAUGUCUGGUUUAAAGAUUUACCAAAAAUAUGUUGCUGCCUUAAUCGGAUUGUGUAAAAAAUAAUAAAAUUUCUAGCCCUUA